AUGGGUGUUGACACGUGCUGGAAAUGGUUUAGCGACGUUUUUUAUCCUGAAGUGAAAAAUCGAACUGGUCGCCGUGCUUUAUUGCUGUUGGACAACGCGCCAGGUCACUUUGAUGUCUCUGAAAGGGAUGGUGUCAAGAUCGCUCUCUUUCCUCCAAACUGCACUAGCUGGAAGCAAGCAUGCGAUACGGGAAUUAUAGCAGCGUUGAACAAAGGAUAUAA